UUCAAAGCGAGGAGGUGGCCCCUCGAACAAGAAGUGAUGAGACUUGGUGCCUAUUCUGGUAUCUUGCUUGAUUACUGUAGUUAUUGUUCCGCUUUUUCCUUUCCUUUGUUUGUUGGACUACACACACGCAAAUGGGCAACCUUCUCUGGGUCAUCGGCGAUGUAUUUCGAUAAUGGCUAUGCUCAGCACGGCAUAUUCUGCAACGACAAUGCGUCUCGGGGCUAGCAGUCGGAUUGUCUUGAGACCAAGACUAAGCCCAACGCCCUUUCUAAACCCUAGGAUGGAAUAUGGCGAUCAAGCUCUGGUUUCUCCGGUGUCGGCCGAUCCUCGAUGAAGUCGCUUCUGCAUUCCAGCCAAGCAUACUCAUGGUCAUCGUGGUGGCUUUUCCCGUGCUGGUCAAGGCGAUCGGCGGAUAUGUUGAUUAUAGCAUCGCAACGAUUGGUGCGCAUUUCUUUUCCAAUUGGCUCGCUCAGGCACAAUCAUCUGAAAGCCGUCGAUUGCUCGCGUCAUAAAUUUUGUUUGCUCCACCGAAGAAUCUGCAACAAAAUAACAUCACUGUGUAAGUCUUUAUGUGCCUGUGUGGUCGCAUGAAUCCUCUGGCUAACGCAUUUCGGAGGUCUUGAACUUCCCGCGUCAUUGAAUGCGAAUCAAUUCGAUCAAGAGCAACGAUCUCAACGAAUGAUAAGACAGCAUGUACUCACGUACAACGGCAUGAACUAUACGU